UCGGCAGCGUAUUUUGAAGCGUACGUCAAAUGUUCUUUCCUGUAAACAAAAACAAAGUGGCCUUUCCUCCGUUUUGCUAUCAACUACACCUCACCUCACUGAAACUUCCUCAACCGAACCCCACGCCACGCUACGAUUCGUCGUUUCGCUUUCUUCCUUUAUAUUUUAUUUAAUUUCGUAGUCUUCUUUUGCAUGCGCCACCAACACCAUCAUCAAUUGAUUCAAUUCAAUUACGAUAAGAAUGGGUAAUAUCUGCGCUCGUUUGAAGUUGAAGCCGGCGCCGCAACCCUCUACGAAGAAGCGUUCCUCUUCCCGCCGAGAGAGGAGGCUCGACGACGCCGCCAUUCGUGAGCAGGCCAUCGCCGCCGCGAUUCUCUUCAAGCAGCACCAGCAACAACAGCAACAGCAGCAGCAGCAAUUCGAUCGCUCUGCAUCGCUUCGGUAUCCGAAUGGAGUCUCCAAGAAGAGUAACGCCAACGCCUUGCCCAGGAGUUCGAGUUCCAGGGCAAGGUCCCUCACCGACCCUCUCCUUCAACCUCACCAGCUUCUCAAUCAGGGUGUGAAUGUCGAUGAUCUCGAGACAAAUCAUGUUGUCCUUGUUCAUGGAGGUGGCUUCGGGGCAUGGUGUUGGUACAAAUCCAUAGCACUUCUAGAAGAAAGUGGUUAUAAAGUAACUGCCAUAGAUUUAACUGGCUCGGGUGUGAGUUCAUUUGAUGCAAACAGCAUUACAAGUCUGUCGCAAUAUGUGAAGCCACUUACCAACUUCCUUGAAAAACUUUUGGAAGGCGAAAAGGUGAUCUUGGUUGGACAUGAUUUUGGAGGGGUAUGUAUAUCAUAUGCAAUGGAGAUGUUUCCUCUUAAGAUUUCCAAGGCUGUCUUUAUUGCUGCAGCAAUGCUGACUAAUGGACAAAGCACUCUUGAUAUUAUUUCUCAACAGGCAGGUUCAAAUGAUCUUAUGCGACAAGCCCAGACUUUUGUAUAUGCUAAUGGGAAUGAUCAUCCUCCCACUUCUUUUGAUCUGGACAAGUCAUUGUCGAGGGAUUUGUUAUUCAACCAAAGUCCCACCAAAGAUAUUGCACUGGCAUGUGUCUCAAUGAGGUCUGUACCAUUUGCACCAGUUUUAGAGAAGGUUUCCCUUUCAGACCUGAAAUAUGGAUCUGUAAGGCGAUUUUAUAUAGAAACUCUUGAAGACAAUGCCAUACCCAUUUCACUCCAGGAAAACAUGAUAAAUGCAAGCACCCCAGAAAAGGUUUUCCGUUUGAAGGGGGCUGAUCAUUCUCCUUUUUUUUCAAAGCCUCAAGCUCUGCAUAAGUUAUUAGUAGAAGUCUCAAAGAUCCUUUGAGAACAUUCAUUGUCUAAAUUGUUUGUGCAGCCCUACCAACAGUAAAGCUUCAGUGACAUGAAAUAAGAAUGUGCAUCUGCCUUAUUAUUUAAGUCUAUCAUUUUGUGUGACUUGUAACAUGUAUUACUUGUAGCAUAAAAUUACUAGUCAAAAGAUUCAGUAUUUGUUGAUUAAUGUUGCAAGUUACCCCUAGAAAUUAGAAAAGAAUAUUUGUAACUUGUUGAGUCUACAACAGCUGUGCGCAUUCACAUAGUACGAUAUCAUAAUGUAGAGGCACAUUGCAAGGAAGAAAGAGGUAUGGGAAUCAAAUGUGUUUACAUUUUUUUGAUGGUCCAUUAAUACUGCUGGUUGCUGGAGCAUUCUUGAGAAUCCCGAAGACUGCCUAGAGCUGCUGCUUUUUUCUAUGCUUCUCCUUUUUGUCAUAGGCAGUUCUCCCCAAUAUUUUUACUUGGGAACAAGUGUUUUAUACCUUUAGCAACAUGAGUAAAUAAAUUCUUUGUGCUCUGCAAAGUUGCAAGAAAGCUGAUAUGCUAUAGUGUUUUGUAAUCUAUUGGCAAAUUUUGGUGACUGUAUAUUGGUGAUUCUAUUGCUA